GUGUGUGUGUGUGUGUGUGUGUGUGUGUGUGUGUGUGUGGUGUCGUCGACGAUGUUUCAAUCAUUCAAUACACCUUUCUGACUUGAGAAAUUGUCAUAUUUGACAGCGGGAAGGCUUUCAACCCUGUUGCGUUUUUAUAAGGAGCUUUCAAAUCCAUUCACGAUAUCGCUGCGGGCGUUGGAGUCGAUUCUUGUGUUUGCUGAAAGCAGUCUCGGUAAAUCUCAGCUCCUAGCGCCGGGGGUUGUGGUCGGUCCAGUGAGGUUCUGUGUCUGCACUCAGCACUGAUUGUGCUGGGGGGAAGCUCCAAGCAAGACCAUUCGUCCCAUCGCCAACGCUGCAAUCCCCUUACAGCUACAGACGGUCGCUUUCUUGAUCGAUCACCGGAUUUUGUUGACUGUCCAUUUCCGGUUCAGUGAUGAGUGAGUGCUUGCAACUGGCCACUCUGGGCCGGCCUUUCCAGUUGGGAAUGCUGUACGACUGCCGAUCAGAUGCUCUGAUCCCAGACGUCACCUUGUGGGACUUGCAGACACUGCAGAGCAACCUUGAUCGUCAUGACCAGCCCAGCACCGUGUUUCACAUCAUUGCAUCAGAUUCCAUGGAGAAGAAAUCCAAUGCCCUCAAUGUGUCAGAGUCACUGAAAGUGAGUUUCCUGGGUGGGUUGGUGGAGGUGAAAGGGUCGGCAAAAUAUCUCAGAGACACGAAGGAAUCAGAGCAACAAGCACGAGUUACCCUUCAGUACAAAGCAACAACCAAGUUUGAACAACUGACGAUGAGUCACUUAGGGAGACAGAAUAUUACCUACCCGAGUGUGUUUGAUGAGGGCUCAGCCACCCAUGUCAUUAUAGCAGUGCUGUAUGGGGCCCAGGCCUUCUUUGUGUUUGAUCAAAUGGCUUCUUCAGCAGAGAACACACAGAAUAUUCAAGGCAACAUGGAGGUGAUGAUUAAACGUCUCCCUAUGAUUGCGAUCGAGGGAGAGGCCUCCCUAGAAAUGACAGAAGAACAGAGCACUCAGGCCGAGAAGUUUAGCUGCACCUUUUAUGGGGAUUUCUCACUGAAGAACAAUCCCACCACCUUCAAAGACGCCAUCAAUAUCUGCGCAACACUGCCACACCUCCUGGGUCCAGAUGGAGAACAUUCAGUGCCCGUCACAGUCUGGCUCUAUCCUCUCAAUAAACUGGAUACCAAAGCUGCUCAGAUGGUGAGGGAGAUCAGCGUGGGACUGGUCAAUCGCUGCCAGUGUGUCCUGGAACAGCUCAGUGAGGCCGCGAUGGGGUGCAAUGACCUGAUGAAAGACAGUGUCGCAGUUCAGUUUCCUGAGAUCGGGGACAGGAUACUUCAAUUCCGAGAGAUGUGUCUGGAGUACAAACUGGUUUUCCAAGGGACCUUAGCCAGAGUUUUGCCGUCCAUUCGCGGCGGUGGGAAGGAGGAAGGGUUGCUGGUGGACAUAUUGAAGAACAGGGAACAGUCACCAUUUAAACACCAAUCACUGACCACAUGGCUGGAUGACAAGGAAUGGGAGAUGAUGGUUGUGGGAUUUUGCCUCAGGAUAAUGAAAGACAUACCUGUUGUGAAAUCAAGGAGAGAGUUGCAUAAAGUGUUGAUGGGUCCAGUAACAGACUACGUGGUCUGUUUCACAUUCACAACACUGCAUCAGGAGGAGUUCUACCUGACGGAGGCAAUCAAUUACCUCCGAUCUCUCACAGCAGAGAAAAUGCAGAUGCCACCUCCUGCUGCCGGAGCCAAUACAACACAACACAGCGAGCGCUGGUUUCACUUAUCGUCCAUACCCGAGAAGAUGAAGGAACGAUCAGGACUGUUCCUGGAUUUUGCCACAGCCAACAGUGGGGACGAGAAAGUAAAAUUCCUUGUUGGAUCCGCACAGGAUGACAGUAACGUGGGUGCGUCUAUUUACCUGUACGGAGGUGUGAUGGUGAGGAGCCGCUGCUUUGAACCCCCGUCUCAGCCUGAGAGACCAACAGCGAGUGGGACAACACACGACAGUGUGAUGCUGCAGUUAGAGCCACCCACAUGUGGUUCUGAUGAGAUUGUGGGCUACAAGGUAGAGUAUCGAGGUAGCCAGCAGGAGAAAUGGACAAUACUAGAUACACCUGACGCAUCCCACUCCUUCACGAUAUCUGGGUUGGAGUCACACCAGGAAUAUCACAUCCGAUACAGAGCAGUGACCAAGGUAGGGGUCAGCAAGGCCAGUGAAAUCUACAUGGUCUCCACCCGGCCGACAAGUCCUCCUGGUAAACCGGUCUUCCAGGAUCGUUCACCCAACCCAACACUGUCCGGCGAUGGACAAAGUCAGAUUGGAGCCGACGUAUUUCAAUACAGGAAUGAAUACAAGGAAGAAUCUUUGUUCAAGUCUAUUGCAUUGGACAGAUCAUGGGAGCAGGUUCAGACAAAAGACAGACAUGAUAGUUCACACAGACCAAAGAGAAUUGCCCUGAAACUUCUUGAACAAGCUCAAUUAAUAACCAAAGGAAACCCUUCCAUUUACAAGCUCAACCUAGAGAGGGAGGUGUUUAAUCAGUCCAAGCAGCUUGUGAAAUGCUCCUUAGGAAAGCCCACCACUAUGCACAAGAUGAAGACAAUUAUGUUGCUGGGGGCAACUGGAUCAGGAAAGACAACCCUCAUCAACGGGAUGAUCAACUACAUCUUGGGCGUGGAGUGGCGGGACAACUUCAGAUACCAGUUAAUACAGGAGGAGACGGGAAAAUCCCAGGCUGAGAGCCAGACUUCCUCCAUCACUGCCUACCAUCUCCACCACCAGGCAGGGUUUAACAUCGACUGCUCUCUGACUAUCAUCGACACGCCAGGGUUCGGGGACACCAGGGGCAUCAGCCGGGAUCGACAGAUCACUGAGCAAAUCCGCACGUUCUUCACUUCCCCACAGGGCAUUGAUCAGAUCGACGCGGUCUGUUUCGUCGUCCAAGCAUCCUUGGCUCGCCUGACCCAGACACAGAAAUAUGUCUUUGAUUCCAUCCUUUCCAUUUUUGGCAAAGAUAUCACGGGGAACAUUCAGAUACUGGUGACGUUUGCGGACGGGCAGCGCCCCCCAGUUCUGGAGGCCCUGAAAGUCGCCCAGGUACCCUGCCCCAAAGACAAAAAGGGAUUGCCAGUACACUUCAAGUUUAACAAUUCUGCCAUUUAUGCCCAGCGUCCGACCUCUGGCGUCGAGGGGAGAUCUAACAGCGGGGAAGAAGAUAAUGACUUUAACCUGAUGUUCUGGAAGAUGGGGACAAACAGUAUGAAAAAGUUCUUCACAGCUCUGAGCACGAUGCAGGCGAGGAGCCUGCUCCUGACCAGAGAGGUUCUGAAGGAACGUAGCCAGCUGGAGUCUGUAGUGGCCGGGUUGCAGCCUCUGAUCCAAGCAGGGCUGACCAAAUAUGAGGAGCUCAAAAAAUCCCAACAAGUUCUGGACCAAAACCAGUCCAACCUGGAAGAAAAUAAAGACUUUGAGUACGAGGUUGAUGUGAUUGUUAAAGAAAAGAGGAAACUUGGCAGUGAUGCUCCAUUAGUAAACAACUGUACAGUUUGUGAAUACAGUUGUCACGACCCCUGUAUGUAUGCAGGUUAUAUUUACAAAUACUGGUGUACGUCAAUGGACUGGUGGGGAAAUUGUAAAGUCUGUCCGGGGAAGUGUGCCUCACGAAAACACCGAAGGGAAAAGUACAGGUAUGUCUGUGUAACAAAAAAGGAGAAGAGGACGUACAACGAACUGAAGAAAAAGUAUGAGAAGAAAUACAAAGGUGAGAAGAUGAGCCUGCAGAAGGUUAGGGAGUCACUUGAGCAGGAGUUUGCUGAGAUGGGGAACACAGUUCUGGAGCUGAUUCAAGAAUUAUCCCAGGGCAUUAGACGACUUGAAGAAAUAGCCCUGAGACCAAACCCGUUGUCCACCCCGGCUUACAUUGACCUCCUGAUUCAGGGUGAGAAAGAUGAGGUGAAGCCCGGCUUCAUUGAGCGAAUUCAGGCACUCACCGCUGUGAAGAAGCAGGCAGAGAUCAGAGAAAUAAUCACCAACAAGAUGCUGCUACCAAAGUAUUCGAAGGAAGGUGCGGCAGGAGGGAAAAGUUCUGGAGAUUAGUAAAAUAAAAAAAUAUCAAAGUGAUGAAUUGAUUCUCUUCCAAGAAGUAACCGAGAAACAUUCCAGCUGUUUUCCACUGCGUUUCACUCAACCGAUAGACAAAUCCUCGGUCUAAUUCCUCAUCCUUCCCCCUCCCCCAAGUGCCCAUAGUGUCCUCAUUGGAACUUACCGAAUGGUGAAAGGCCUGGAUAGAGUGGAUGUGGUGAGGAUGUUUCCAUUAGUGGGGGAGUCCAGGAUCAGAGGUCACAGCCUCAGAAUUAAAGGAUGUUCUUUUAAGGAGAUGAGGAAGAAUUUAUUUCGUCAAAGGGUGGUGAAUCUGUGGAAGUCUUUGCCACAGACGUCUGUGGAGGCCAAGUCAAUGGAUAUUUUUUAAGGCAGAAAUAGAUGGAUUCUUGUUUAGUAUGGGUGUCGGGAGUUAUGGGGAGAAGGCACGAGAAUGGGUUUGGGAGGGAGAGAUAGAUCAGCCAAGAGUACAAAUCUACACUUUAAAAAUGUCCAUUGACUUGGCAAUGAAUGCCACAGAUUCACUGACUAUCCUCUGACUAACAACAUUCUUCCUAGUCGUCUUUUAUUCUGACGUUUUUGCAUCUGAUCCUAGACUCUUCCACUAGGGGAAACAUCCUCUCCACAUCCACUCUAUCCAGGCCUUUCACUGAUUCAGUAAGUUUCAAUGAGGUCCCCACUCAUCCUUCUAAUCUACAGCGAGUAGAGGCCAGUGCCGCCACAUGCUCAUCAUAUGUGACCGUGGUCGCCUUCGGGAUUUUAACAUCUCGUAGCCCGCGAUCCCUUUACCAGGGAUCGACCAUGGAUGCUUGCGGACUUAACAUAACGGAGCCCGCGGAACUCCAAGCCUCAGGAGCUUCGACCGCGGGAGAAUAAAGAGGAGGAAGAUUGGACCAUUUUUGCCUUCCAUCACAGUGAGGAAUGUGGAAUCUGCCGUGGCGGAUGUUUGUGUUGACUGUGAUGUAGUUGUGUGUCUUGGUGCUUUUUUUCAGCAGGACUGUAUGGCAAGUUGCAUAUCACUCCACCUUAAUUGGUACAUGCGACAAUAAAGACCUUUGAUACCUUUAAAGAAUUGUAGAAGCUGUAUUUUUGCGUAGAACAAAGUGUUGGAGUAAUUCAACGGGUCAGGUAGCAUCUCUGGAAGACAUGGAUAGGUGAUGUUUCAGGUUGGGAUCCUUCUUCACACUAAUGUAGUAGGGGAGAGAAAGUUGGGGGGGGGGUGGGAGGUGAGGAUACUUGACAGGCCUUGUCCUGCCCCAUCUCAUCAGCUUUCUCCUACCCGAUUUUGAAACGUCACUUGUCCACAUCCUACAGAAAUGCUGCUUGACCUGCUGAGUUACUCCAGCACUUUGUGCUCUAUGCAUUAUUCUUUCAGAAGUAGACAAAAAUGCUGCAGAAACUCAGCGGGUGUGGCAGCAUCUAUGGAGCGAAGAAAAUAGGUGACGUUUCGGUUGUCUGAAGACGAAUCUCGACCCGAAACGUCGCCUAUUUCCUCCGCUCCAUAAAUCCUGCCUCACCCACUGAGUUUUUCCAGCAUUUUUGUCUACCUUCGAUUUUCCAGCAUCUGCAGUUCCUUCUUAAACAUUUAUUUAGUUAUUUAUUUACUUUAAUUAUUUAUUUCGAACAGAAUAAAAUAAUAAAAAGCAAGUGUGAAACAGCAUACAAAAAACAAAACAAAAAUAUUUAUAAAGUGUCAUAAACAAUAUCUAUAAAUAAAUGAAAUCGUAUGUGUCCGAAAAUGAGCAGGAAGAAGCCAAAGCUUAUUCAUUCCAACCCAUUAUUCAACUGUUUCUAAUUAUCUUAUAUAAAUUUAGCAGCUAUAUGUACACCAAAUUAUUUACAUUUAUACACUAAUCAAAUAUUUACAAAGCCAUACAAAAAAGAAAAGAAAAAAAACCCUCAUAUACUAUACAGUAUCUUAGUCAUAUAUAUAACCCAUCUCUCUAUAAUCACCCUUCCCAAUACAAUCAGCAUAACAAAUAUCUCACUCACAAUCACCUUUCCUCAUCCCAAUAUCCUUUUAAACAAGUGUUUUUGUACAUCUUUUUAAAGUGAAUUAUGUUUGUGCUAAGUUUUAUCUCCUGUUCCAGACCAUUCCACAAAUUCACACCACAGAUUGCUAUGCACAUACUUUUAAGAGCUGUUCUGACAUUGAGUUUUUUUUUAAUUAUGUUCCCCUCUCAAAUUAUACCCACCCUGUCUUUCCAUAAACAGUUUUUGUAUAUUUCUUGGAAGUAAAUUAUUUCUUGCUUUGUACAUGAUUUGCGCAGUCUUAAAUUUAACCAGAUCGGUGAACUUCAGUGUAUGUGUCUUUAAGAAUAAUAAAUUGGUAUGUUCAAGAUAUCCAAUGUUAUUGAUAAUUCUUAUUGCUCUUUUUUGUAAUGUGCAUAACGGCUGUAGGUUGGUUUUGUAGGUGUUACCCCAUAUCUCCACACAGUAACUCAGAUAUGGCAAUAUGAGUGUAUUAUACAAAGUAUGUAAUGAUUUGUGGUCCAGAAUGUGUCCUGAUUUUCCCAAUAUUGCUAUAGACUUUGCCAGUUUUGCUUUGACGUGGUUUAUAUGUGGUUUCCAGCCGAUUUUGUGGUCUAAGAUCACACCAAGAAAUUUAUUUUCAUAUACUCUUUCUAUACUUAUGUUAUCUAUUUUCAAUUGUACUUUUAUGUUUUCCAAAUAGCAUAAUCUUUGUUUUGCUUAAAUUUAGAGACAAUUUGUUGACAUCAAACCACUGUUUUAAUUUAUUCAUUUCUGAUGUGAUGACUUCCCAAAUCUGCUUCAAAUUGCCACCGGAACAAAAAAUAUUCAUAUCAUCGUCAAAUAUAAUUAAUUUCAGUAUAUUUGAUACUUUGCAUAUGUCGUUAAUGUACAUUAUGAAAAGCUUUGGACCUAACACAGACCCUUGAGGUACUCCACAAGUUAUGUUCAUGUAAGUUGAUUUAUGUUCACCUAUUUCUACAAAUUGUUGCCUGUUUCUUAAAUAGCUUCUCACCCAAUCCAAUCCAACCCCUCUGAUGCCAUACCUAUCCAGUUUCAUGAGUAAAAUGUUGUGAUUUACGGUAUCAAAUGCUUUUUUAAAAUCUAUCAAUAUUCCCACUGCAAGUUUUUUAUUAUUUAUGCAAUUCUUUUAGCAGUAAUCUGUAACUUUCCAAUGGAUUAUUGUCUCAGAUGAUACUGCAUUAUUGCUUCAGCAUUUUAAAGCAUGUAUGCCUAGUUGACAUUGUAUUGCAAUUAAUAUAUGGUUUAUUGCAAUAGAAACACAUUUUUUUAUUAAAAGUUAUAGAUGCACGGAUUAAUUAAUGUG